AUGGCGGAAGUGGAGGCGCCGCUCAUCACCGAGGUGGAGGGGGAAGAGGGCCGUGGCUUCCGCGGCUCCGCGUCCGACGGAGGGGGCCGCUCUGGCCUCGGCAACGGCGUGCGGGGCGCGAGGCAGUACCACCGCCGCUCGGACGCGCUCGCGUACGGCGACCAGUACCAGAAGGCGGCAGCGCUCGUCGACCUCGCAGAAGAUGGUGUCGGUAUCCCUGAGGAUGUCUUGAAUGACACAAGGUUUGAGAGGGCCAUGAGGUUUUAUUUCGUGUAUCUCCGAUUGGAUUGGCUCUGGUCACUUAACCUAUUUGCUUUGAUUCUAUUGAAUUUCCUAGAGAAGCCUCUCUGGUGCCAAAAAUACGCCCCAAAUACUUGUGAUCAAAGGGAUCUUUACUUUCUUGGGCAGCUGCCAUACUUAAGCAAAACAGAAUCACUCAUAUAUGAGGCCCUUACCCUUGUCAUUCUUGUCUUGGAUAUCUUCUACCCACUUUCCUAUGAAGGUUUAAAUAUUUUCUGGAAGAACUCCAUGAACAAAUUGAAGGUUCUUCUUCUCUUCAUCUUAGCAUGCGACAUACUUGUGUUUAUGCUUAGUCCUGGACCUUUCAGAGUAGCUCCAUACAUUCGCGUUGUAUUUCUAAUUAUGACGAUCAGGGAACUGCGAAUGUGUGCUGUUACGCUGGUUGGUAUUGUUGGGACAUACCUUAAUGUUUUGGCUCUGUCACUGUUGUUCCUAUUAUUUGCAAGCUGGCUAGCCUAUGUAACAUUUGAGGACACGCCACAAGGAAAGACCAUUUUCACAUCAUACGGUACAACAUUAUAUCAGAUGUUUGUCCUGUUCACCACAUCCAAUAAUCCUGACGUAUGGGUCCCUGCUUACAAGAGCUCUCGUUGGAACGCCCUGUUUAUUGUUAUUUAUGUGCUGUUAGGAGUUUACUUCCUAACAAAUUUAAUUCUUGCUGUCAUUUAUGAUAGCUUUAAAGAGCAGCUUGCAAAACAACUUGCUCAAAUGGACUCUAUAAGGAAAAGUAUUCUACAGAAGGCAUUUGAUCUCAUCGACACUAACGGUCAGGGCUACCUUAACAAGGAACAGUGCAUAUCAUUACUUGAUGAGCUAAACAAAUACAGGUCGUUGCCCAAAACCUCAAAGGAAGAUUUUGAACUAAUCUUUGCCGAGCUUGAUCGGAGUGGUGAUUUCAAGGUUACCUCCGAGGAAUUUGCUGACCUAUGCAAUACUAUUGCAAUAAAAUUCCAGAAAGAACCACCACCUUCAUAUCUGGAGAAGUACCCAUCUUUCUACCAUUCACCACAGUGUGAAAGGUUGAAGUCCUUUGUACGGAGUCGCCUGUUUGAGUAUAUUGUUGUCUUUGUUCUUCUGGUGAACCUAAUUGCUGUCAUUAUUGAAACAACGCUAGAUAUAGAGAACAGCUCUUCACAGAAAGUGUGGCAAGAAGUUGAGUUUGUCUUUGGAUGGAUCUAUGUUGUGGAGAUGGCACUCAAAAUAUUUUCAUUAGGAUUUGGCGCCUAUUGGAUGGAGGGUCAAAAUAAGUUUGAUUUUGUGAUUACUUGGACUAUUUUUUUUGGAGAGACCCUGACAUUUGCCUCCCCAUCAACGCUUCCUUUUCUUUCAAAUGGAGAAUGGAUUCGAUAUCUUCUCCUUGGAAGGAUGUUGCGUUUAACAAGAAUUUUGAUGCAAGUUCAGCGUUUCAGAGCAUUUGUUGCGACAUUCUUUUCCCUCAUGUCUAGCUUGUUGCCAUACUUGGGGAUUGUGUUUUGUAUACUUUGUGUAUACUGUUCCAUUGGUUUACAGUUUUUCGGUGGCAUCGUGUACGCAGGAAACUCGAAGUUGGAAGAAACAGAUCUCUUUGGGAACGAUUAUCUUCUUUUCAACUUCAAUGACUACCCAAGUGGUAUGGUUACUCUGUUCAAUUUGUUAGUGAUGGGCAAUUGGCAAAUCUGGAUGGAGAGCUAUGCACACCUGACUGGAAGUUCUUGGAGCCUGGUUUAUUUUGUCAGUUUUUACCUUAUUUCAGUAUUACUGCUGCUUAAUCUGAUUGUGGCAUUUGUGUUGGAGGCAUUUUUUGCUGAGAUGGAACUGGAGAAAGCUGAUAUGCAGGUUAGACGAAUGUUUCUGCUUAUAACAAAUUAUCAUUACUCUACUCAGAAAACUGGUGUAAGUCAGUAA